AUGGACGGCACCGACAUCGCCCACGGAACUACGGUCGUUUCUUGGGCAGUGUUUGAGGCACUAAAGGAUGCGGUGACGAAAGAGCCGGGCUUGCCACUGGACGAUUUUGCUAAGCCAUUUGAGGUGUACGUCAAUGCAUCCGACAUAGUUGUUGGAGUCUUCAAGGAGGCUAAUGCAAGUCCUGCACACCAUAACGCUCACCAUGUAGCAGUUAGAUGGUUUACUUUUCAAGUUUAUAUUAAAGCCCGAGUUGCGAGGAGCAUCUGGUCACAUUGUUUCCGCCAAGGUCACGAUGUGGAGACUUGUCAUGUUUUAAAGCCCGAGUUGCGAGGAGCAUCUGGUCACCAUACCAAGACUACUGGAACAACACAACUACGGUUGGCAGAGACGUCGAAUACAGACAUGCCUGAUGGCCCUUUGGAGGGUAAUGGAGAAAGGCCAUCGGUAUUGAUACAAGAUGCGGCAGUAAUUGAUGGGGCAAAGGGAGAAGUUAAUGAGACUGUGACUGGCAAAGCGCUAGUUGCUCACGAUCAGUUAAUAGGUGGUACGCCUCACGAAGCUGAGCAAGGUGACCAGGUGCAGCAGUCCUGUGCUACUAUACCAGCGCAGCAGGAGAGGAAAAUGGAGGAGGAUUAUGGGACGGUGGCGGUAGAAGGUAUCGAGGUGGUGCUGCCACAUGACAAAGGAGAGGAACGUUCUGAAGAUGUGGGGAGUGGGUUGCCCGCGAGGGUGGUCGUACGUUCUGCUGAGGGGCAAGUUGAAGACAUACAAGAUACUCAACGAAGGGUCGGUACCCUCUCCCCUAGGGGCAAGGAUCUUAUCCGACAAGAAGAGUCAUCACUAGAGACCGGGCAUAUAGACACGGGGGGUACCCUGGAACUAGAAGAAGUUGUUCGUAAGGAGCGAAUGGAUGCAAGGUCGCGUGGUCUCCGGGUUGGUCUCCCGUCAGAUAGAACACUACGCUCCAUGUUACUUUUUUGGAAUAUAAGAGGGGUAGCUCGUGCUCCUAAUUUAAGGCGGUUAAGGAAACUUAUUAAAUUGUAUGAUCUUCAAUUGGUGGUUGUUGUUGAACCUAAGUUGAGGGUGGAGUCAAUUACUGAUAUUAGAAUUAAAUUGGGGAUGGAUUGUUGCAUGUUCAAUCAUUGGGGUUCUGUUUGGAUUUUCUACCGGUCAUUGUUUACGUGUCAGAUUACAGGGGAGUCUCCCCAACAUAUAACUAUUAGAGUACAAUCUCAUCUUUUCCAAGACUCCAUUAUUUUGUCUUGUAUACACGCGAAGUGUACGCAGCAGGACAGAGAGGAUUUGUGGAAUGCACUUUUGCAGGAUAAACCCGCCUUCAAUCCUUGGUUUUUGGUGGGGGAUUUCAAUGUGGUCACAAAUACAGAGGAGAAGAGGGGUGGAUUGCCAUUUAGACCGUCGGAGGGAUCAGACUUUCUGAAUUUUAUGGCGCUAGCUGGUGUCAGUGAUGCGGGAUUCUCUGGGUCAAGGUUUACAUGGUGUAAUAAUCGUUCGGGAACGGCGCGGAUCUGGAAGCGUCUGGAUCGCUUACUUCUGUGUGGGAGUGCAAUGGAGCUACCGUACCAAUUCAUGGUGCAACAUUUAGGCCGUGACCCGUCGGAUCAUGCUCCCUUGUUGCUAUCGGUGGAUACGAGGCUAGACAAUAAACCCAAGCCGUUUCGUUUCUUAAACAUCUGGACCACUCAUCCUGAUUUUCUGGGGGUUAUCAAGGACUGUUGGGUUCAUCCAGUCAAUGGCUCUCCUUUGCAAGUAUUGGCAUCGAAGUUGAGGAAUGUUAAAAAUGCCCUCAAGCAGUGGUCUAGGACGACAUUCGGGGAUAUUUUUGAAGGGGUACGUAGUGCAGAGCGUGUGGUAACCGAGUCUGAGACAGCAUACGACCUCGAUCCUACUGAGCAGCGACGGAGCGAGUUACAUCAUGCUCGGGCUCGAUUGCGCCGAGCGCUUGUAGUUGAGGAGGGUUUUUGGAGACAAAAGGCGCGGGUUAAGUGGCUUUCGGACGGAGAUAGGAACACCAAAUAUUUCCACUCCUUGGUUACGGAAAGGAGACGUAGGGCAGUAAUUCAUCGAGUCAGGGGUACUGCUGGAGAGUGGAUCGAGGGGGAAUGCCAAAUUGGGGAGGCAGCGGUGGGUUUCUUUAAGGAUCUUUUCACGGCAGAGGGGGAUCUUCCCUCCCUUACCGGUCUGGAGAUCAUACCUAAACUGAUAACAGACCAGGAAAACUCACGGUUAACGGACAUUCCAUCUCUUACAGAAGUUAAAGACAUAGUCUUUGCUAUGGAUGGAGAGAGCGCAGCCGGCCCGGACGGGUUUACAGGGAAAUUCUUUACCUUUGCUUGGGAGGUAGUGGCAUCGGAUUUAUACCGGGCGGUUGUCAGCUUUUUCUGCGGUGCUGAACUACCUAGGAGUAUCACGGCUACCUCAAUUGUGUUGCUGCCAAAAGUGGAGAACCCCCAAGAUUUUAAGCAUUUUCGUCCAAUCAGUCUGUGCAACUUUACUAACAAAAUCAUCUCCAAGCUGUUAUCGGCAAGGUUGGCGAUGAUAUUAACCCGGAUUAUAUCUCCACAGCAAAGCGGGUUUGUCCAAGGGAGGCAGAUUACAGAUAAUUUCUUGUUAGCUCAGGAGUUAGUAGCCGAUAUCGGGAAAUCAAAUCGGGGUGGCAAUGUGGUCAUCAAGUUAGACAUGAUGAAGGCUUAUGAUAAAGUCUCAUGGCCCUUUCUCCUACAGGUGCUACGAUAUUUCGGAUUCAGUGAGACCUGGAUAGACAUGAUUUGGCGCUUAAUAUCGAAUGUGUGGUUCUCGGUACUUGUUAAUGGUGGUUCAAACGGCUUUUUCAGAUCUUCACGGGGUUUACGGCAAGGGGAUCCAAUUUCACCAGCCUUAUUCGUUAUCGGAGCUGAGGUGCUGUCUAGAACCCUCAACACGCUACCCACACAAAGAGGAUUUACUCCAUUCAAAGUUCCUCCUCAUUGUUCUAUAAUUACGCAUUUGGCAUUCGCCGAUGACGUGAUUAUCUUUUCCAGUGGGGCCAAGUCAUCCCUACGUCUGAUUAAACGGGUUUUGGAUGAUUAUAAUGAGGCAUCAGGUCAGCGAAUCAACCCUCAGAAGAGUUGUUUCCUUACUCAUCCACGGGCACCAUCUCAGAGGGCAGCGGUUGUUAACCAGAUACUAGGGUAUAAUAAACGCGACUUUCCAAUACGGUACCUUGGUUGUCCCUUGUAUACCGGAAGGAGCAAGAAGGUUUACUAUACGGAUAUAUACAAUGCGGUGGCGAAUCGGAUUUUGAGUUGGAAAAACCAGAUAUUAUCGCUAGGAGGCAGGGUGGUGUUGAUUCAGAGCGUGUUAUCCUCUAUGCCAAUUCACUUGCUGGCAGCCGCGUCCCCUCCAAAAGGGAUGUUGAUGGUCAUAGAGAAAUUGUUCGCCAAGUUCUUGUGGGGAUCUUCGAAUUUCGGGGAUAAAUUCCAUUGGAUACGUUGGGCAGAUUUGUGUCGGCCGAAGGAUGAAGGGGGUGUAGGCCUGCGGGGUUUGAAACAGGUCUACGACUCAUUUUCCAUUAAACUCUGGUGGAAAUUUCGACAACAACAAUCAUUAUGGGCAAAGUUUAUGUCCCAGAAGUAUUGUGCAGGUCAUCACCCUUGUCUUGCUGAUAUUGGGCAUCCGGGAUCCCAAGUUUGGCAGAGGAUGGUUACAAUGCAGCGUUUUGGGGAGGAUAAUAUUAGCUGGGUAGUUCGGGAGGGGGCUUUGGACUUUUGGCAUGAUAAUUGGAUGGGGUCAGGUGCGCUUUGUGACAAGGUUGAGGUCUUCCAUGAUCAUUCGGUGGUUGAUUUUGUAGAUCGGCGGGCUUGGAAUGUGGACAUGCUCCAUCAAUUCUUGGAUGGAGAAUUGGUUACGCAGGUUUUGGAGAUUGACCCUCCUACCGAUAGGGGAAAUGAUACAAUGGUAUGGGCAUUAACGAACUCGGGUGUUUUUUCCACUGCAUCGGCUUACUCAUUGAUCCGUCAAUCCAAUGACAAUUCUUGGCUUUUUGGUCGUAUAUGGCAGCAGGGUCUUCCAGUCAAGGUUUCUUUCUUUAUGCUGCGACUACUACAGGGGAGGCUCCCUCUUAUGGAUCGCCUAAAGAGGUUUGGGGUUUGUGGCCCAUCUAGAUGCUUGUGUUGUCAGAAUCCCCAGGAGGAGGAUUUGAAUCAUGUGUUUUGCUCAGGAGAAGGGGCACGAUUGGUCUGGCGACACUUCGAGAGUACUGCUGGUGAGUUUAGUGGGGUGCAUACGGUGCGUCAUAUGGUGUGGUCUUGUUGGUUAAGGAGGGGGACUAAUGAUCGUGUAAAGUUUUUGCAUAAUAUACUUCCUUCGGUGGUAUGCUGGGUUUUAUGGAAGGCUAGGAAUGAAGGGGUGUUUGAAGGUCGGAAGAUGAGGAUCAGGCCUACGGUGAAUCGGAUUGUUCAGUUUCUGCAUGAUUUCCUUCAGUCACGGUUCCCGGGGGUGCAGCCUUCUGCCCCUACAUGGGAAGGGUUGCUUCUCGAAUUAGGUAGUCAUCAAAGGCGGAUGGUUAUUAGGCCAGUUUACUGGGUAACUCCACGUAGAGGCUAUAAGUUGAAUUCAGAUGGAUGUUCUCGGGGGAACCCAGGAAGGAGUGGGGGGGGUGGGCUUGUGCGGGAUAGUCGAGGAAAUUUUGUAUUCGGCUACGCGGAGCCCUUCGGGGUGAUAACCAGCAUGCAGGCGGAACUUCGAGCGUUGCUAUGGGGCGUUAGACAUUGUGUGAUUCGAGGGUGCUUGGAGUUACACUUAGAGGCGGAUUCUCUCACCCUGGUUCACAUUGUUCAAGGGACUAGUGCUUGUCCUUGGCGUUUACAGAGAGAUCUGGAUGAGUUGAUGAUGUUCAAGCAAUAUUUCACAUCGAUCACACACUGCUACAGGGAAGCAAACGCACCUGCAGAUCAUUUGGCAAAUUUUGGUGCUGAUUCUAGUGCAGGUCAUGUGUUUAAUACAUUCUCAGAAUUGCCGCAAUUGGUUAGGGGGGCUAUUAGAUUAGAUCGAUUAGGAUUUCCUACGUUUCGUACACGGUGUCUGGCAUGA